CACACACACACACACACACACACAGGAGCUGCAGGACAAGAAAACACCCAGAUAGAGACAAAACUGACGCAGUAGCCCACACCAUGGCUCAGGACGGGGUGAUACUGCAGUUCAACUUUGCCACAUUCGGGGACUCCAUGCUCCAAAAGAUGGAUGCUCUUCGACGAGACAGGCGUUUUUGUGAUGUGGUGGUCCGCAUCAAUGACUUGGAAGUGCCUGGACACAAAGUGGUAUUCGCUGCCGGCUCCCCUUUCCUCAGAGACCAGUUUGUCCUUCAGGACUCGAAUGAAGUCCAAAUAUCUACACAGCAGGACGCUGAGGUAGGUCAGAAGCUUCUGCUGUCCUGCUACACCGGGACGCUCCAGUUCCCAGAACUUGAAUUAGUACACUAUUUAACUGUAGCCAGCUUCCUGCAGAUGGGUCAUAUUGUGGAGCAGUGCACUGAAGCGCUUAAUAAAUUCAUAAAACCACAUGAGGUCAAAGAUGAGCGUGCAUCAUCCCGACAGCCUUCAGACUUCACCGCUCAGCGUAGUCAAGCAGCUGUGGAGACUGUGUGUGAUGAAGAGGAUGAGGUGGACAAUGAUGGAGAAGAUGAGUUUGAUGAUGACGACGAUGAUGAUGUGAUCAUACAGCCAAAAUCUCCACCAGCAGUGUUUAGAAACAACAACAACAGUAGAGAAGACAGUCCGAUUAGCAUUGUCAAAGUGGAGUCAUUAGAUGAGCGCGUGCCCGAUAACUUCCAGAGUCGCUCCAGUCACAGUCGUUCUCCAACACUACGCUCACCUGAGCCACAACACUCCCUGAUAAACUCCACCGUGGAAACCCGGCCUGCCGAGAUCACCGUUAAUCCCACAGCUGACUACUCCAUGUCUACACCCGGACCUAGCGGAUCUGGGAAGGGGAAUCUAUGGGGGGGCUGCUCCAGGAACGGGGAGAAGAGCAUGCAGUGGUACCACCAGUGCCCAAAAUGCGCCCGCGUGUUUCGUCAGCUGGAGAACUACGCCAACCAUCUGAAGAUGCACAAGCUGUUUAUGUGCCUCCUGUGUGGAAAGACGUUUACCCAGAAAGGAAACCUCCACCGGCACAUGCGGGUCCACGCCGGCAUCAAACCCUUCCAAUGUAAGAUCUGCGGGAAGACGUUUACUCAGAAGUGCUCGCUGCUGGACCACCUGAACCUUCACAGCGGGGACAAACCACACCGCUGUAAUUACUGCGACAUGGUGUUUGCGCACAAACCAGUUCUCCGUAAACACCUGAAGCAGAUCCAUGGGAAAAACAGCUUUGAUAAUGCGAACGAAGGCAGUUUGUUGGAAGGAUUAUAAGUUUAUAGGAAUAUUGUGUAUUUUUUAAUAUAUGCGACAUGGACUUUGUCUCAACAAGUGGUUCUCAAAAUGGAGCGCCUCAGUAAACUUCCAGGAGAUCCAAUGUGAAUGGAUUUAAAUGUAGUUAUGAAACCAUAAUCUUCAUAAAAAUCCCUUUUUAUUUAUUUUUAUUAUAACCAGAAGGACAAAGAGGACAUUUUGGUAUUAUCUUUGACAAACAGGGGCCUUGAAGUCAAUUAGACUGCAACCCACUGGUGUUAAAAGGAUAGUUCAUCCAAAUUAUCACCAUUUACUUACACUGAAGUGGUUCUAAACUUGUUUGAGUUUCUGCUAAAGACUGUUAGAAACCAGCAGGGUUGCACGAUACUGGAAUUCGAUACCAAUCAAUACUGAAAGUUUAAAAAGUAAAUGAGUGCUGAUUUGCUAUUGUGUUCACAUGCUCAACAGAAAUGACUGUGAUUGGCCGGGAAGGUCAUCAGUUCACCGAACUCACCGCUGUUUACUGAAUGUAUAUGCAGAUGCAGCGUUUUAAAGCCGUAAUUCAUCAGAGCAUCGCUCUUACUGACAAACCAGCUGAUCGACAUGACUUUGAAACACUCCAGUGUCCCUGUAUCUGUGGUUACACUCAUUAAACAGCGGUGAGUUUAGUGAACUGGUGACCUUUACAGCCAACAGUGGUUUCUGUUGAGCAUGUGAACACAAUGGCAAGUCAGCGCUGUUUAAGAAUGAACUUAACAGUGCUUAAAUGUUAAGGGGAAAUUUUAGAAUCGAUUGGUACCGAAUUCCAGUAUUGUGCAACCCAAUAUCUAUGUUUCCGUCCAAAUAUGUGAAUUAAAUUUAUGCGCAAAACUGGAUUAUCGAAUAAAAACGUGCUAAUAAUAUAGUGUUUCCAUCCAACGAGUCAAAACGAACAAAAUAGUCACUUCUUGAUUAACUGGCGCCAAAUAUCAAGAGUAAAAACGUAAUUUGCUGCAGUAGGAGAAUCUGAGCACAAACACUCUUGAUUCUGGAGGUCAUUAAAAAUAUAAUAAAACUAACACUGAAACAGUUGAGGCGUUUUAGAAUGACCAAAACAACACUUCAGAUGAUUUACAAUGUGCUCAGCGUGCUGGUUUGUCCAUUCACACACAUUUUUAUUAUCAUGAUUUCUUAUUACAAAAUCACAUGACCUUUUUUAAUGCGCAUACUGGAAUUUGUGCAGUAAGUGUUUUCUAUCAUAGUUUAUGUGCAACUUUUAUUAUCGAAUAAAGAGUUUAUCCUAUUCUGUUAUGCACAUACAGUACGUUUUUAAUGCGCAUUUUCAAAAUUUAUGCGCAUC